GACCGGCGAAGUGGUGGGGCUCCGUAGAGUGAAGCGGGCAGCGGAGGCGAAGCCGGGGCUGUGCUCAGUUUGUCGACGAUGUCUGGGGAGCUGGAGAUCAUGGAAGCGCAGCGGAUGUGGGAGCCGGACUCCAAGCGCAACACCAGCAUGGACCGCUUCAGGGCGGCGGUCACCGCGGCUUACGGCAUCCGCUUAGCCAACUACAGCGAGUUGUACCACUGGUCUGUACAGCAUUAUUCGGAUUUCUGGGCAGAGUUUUGGAAAUUCAGCGGGAUUGUCUUUUCUCGGCUUUAUGAUGAGGUGAUCGAUCCCUCCAAGAGCAUCGUGGAUGUUCCCGAAUGGUUUAAAGGCAGCCGUUUAAACUAUGCCGAAAACCUUCUGAAGCACGAGGAGAACGAUAAAAUCGCCCUCUAUGCCACACGGGAAGGCAAGGAAGAGAUCGAAAAAGUGACUUUUGAAGACCUGAGGCACCGCGUGGCUUUCUACGCUGCGGCCAUGAGGAAAUUGGGGGUGCAUCCUGGAGACCGGGUUGUGGGUUACCUGCCCAAUGGUAUCCACGCGGUGGAGGCUAUGCUGGCUGCUGCCAGCAUCGGGGCCAUCUGGAGUGCGACGUCGCCGGAUUUUGGCAUCAACGGCGUCCUGGAUCGGUUCUCCCAAAUUCAACCCAAGCUAAUCUUCUCCGUCGAAGCCGUCAUCUACAACGGGAAACGCCACAACCACCUGGAAAAGCUUCAGAGUGUCGUCAAAGGACUUCCGGAUCUGAGAAAAGUCGUUGUCAUCCCCUAUGUAUCUUCAAGAGAGUCCAUAGAUAUUUCCAGAAUCCCAAACAGCGUGUUUUUAGAAGACUUUCUUGGAACAGGCAAGGGAGACCACGUGCCUCAGCUGGAGUUUGAGCAGCUCCCCUUCAGCCACCCACUUUUCAUCAUGUACUCCUCAGGCACAACGGGCGCCCCGAAAUGCAUGGUGCACUCUGCAGGGGGGACUUUGAUUCAGCACCUGAAAGAACAUAUCCUUCACGGGAACAUGAGCAGUAAUGACGUCAUCAUAUACUAUACCACGACCGGUUGGAUGAUGUGGAACUGGCUGGUGUCUGCUCUCGCGGUGGGAGCCUCUGUGGUCCUGUACGACGGCUCCCCCCUGGUUCCUUCGCCCAAUGUCUUGUGGGACUUGGUGGAUCGAUUAGGGAUUACCAUCCUUGGGACGGGUGCCAAGUGGUUGGCAGUGCUUGAAGAGAAGAAUCUGAAGCCAUGUGAAACCCACAAUCUUCAAACCCUCCACACCAUCUUGUCCACCGGGUCGCCUCUCAAGCCUCAAAGUUAUGAGUAUGUCUACAAGCACAUCAAGAGCACUGUCCUCCUGGGCUCCAUUUCAGGAGGCACCGAUAUAAUUUCGUGUUUUAUGGGUCAUAAUGUGACCAUCCCAGUUUACAAAGGCGAGAUCCAGGCACGGAAUCUUGCAAUGGCGGUAGAAGCAUGGAAUGAACAAGGGGAACCUGUUUGGGGAGAAAGCGGUGAGCUGGUUUGCACCAAACCUAUGCCUUGCCAACCCACACAUUUUUGGAACGAUGAAAACGGCAACAAAUACCGAAAGGCGUAUUUUUCCAGAUUUUCAGGUGUUUGGGCCCACGGAGACUACUGCAAGAUUAACCCCCAGACGGGUGGGAUCGUCAUGUUAGGCCGCAGUGACGGCACGCUGAAUCCGAGCGGAGUGCGGUUUGGCAGUUCAGAGAUCUAUAACAUUGUGGAAGCGUUCGAGGAAGUCUCUGACAGCCUCUGUGUCCCACAGUACAACAAGCACGGUGAGGAAAGAGUGGUCCUCUUCUUGAAGAUGGGCACCAACCACGAGUUCAGUCCCGAUUUGGUGAAGCGCAUCAGGGAAGCGAUUCGGGCGGCCCUUUCGGCUCGUCACGUGCCCAGUCUUAUUCUGGAAACGGGAGGGAUUCCGUACACCAUGAAUGGGAAGAAGGUGGAAGUGGCCGUUAAACAGGUCAUCGCUGGCAAGGAAGUGGCCAAGCGGGAUAUCUUUUCGAACCCGGAGGCGCUCGAUCUCUACCGUAAUAUUCCUGAGCUGCAGGAUUUUUGAAGGCACCUCGUCUCUUCCCGUCUCUUGGUCACCGUUGUAAAAAGGACUCCAAUUUUGCAGAAAGAUGAAAAGAAGUUUUUUUGGGUUGGUGAUCCUGGGCUGGUGUUCCUUUUCAUGGGACCAUCUAAUCCAGGGAUUUCCAACCUUGGCAACUUUAAGACUUGUGCAACUUCAACUCCCAGAAAUUCCUCAGCCAAAGCUGGCUGGGGAAUUCUGGGAGUUGAAGUCCAGAAGUCUUAAAUGUUGGCUAAGGUUGGAGAUCCUUGGACUUUCAUGGGUCUGUGGGAUGUUUUUUUUAAAUCCAAUCCAAUGGCACUUUUGGUGCAGGUUUUAGGUUUUGGUGAAGGGUCAGAGGAGGGGAGGAAAAAAACACCCCCCCCCCCCCAAGCAUAGAAUUAAAAGCAAAAGUUUUUAAGUUUUUAAAGUUUGAGGAAGCCUAUGGCAACAUUAAAGUGUCUGCACUCCUGCUGGCUGGGGAAUUCUGGGAACUGGAGUCCAGGCAGUUGCAAAGGUUGAAAGACACAAAUGCUUAGGUAUUUACAAGGCAAUUGUAGAUCUUUCAUGACUGAGAUCCUUGUUUUUAGAGUCACAUCUUUUCAACAGGUAGGAAUUUUGAGCUCAGUUUAUUUUGCUUCUAAUUGAGGAUACUUCAUUAGCCAAGGAUCCUUUAAAACGGUUUCCUCUAUGUGGCCAGGAGUUCCAAAGGCACUGACAAAAACAACAUGUUGCUUGUUGAUGUCCUAUGGAACCAAUACAACAAUUGCACUUAAACCGCCUGGAGGAAAAAAAUUCAGAAGAAUUCACUUUGAGGUCAGGAAUAAGGACUCUGAUCCAUAUGGUGCAGUGAGAUGGAGCAGACCCAGCCUCCACACCUGCCAGGUAGGAGUUUGGAGUCCAGCAGUUCUUGGAUAAGGGAGGCCCUAUCCUUUCUCGUCCAAGUGUGAGAAAGCGAUUGUGCAAUGGGCUUGUUUAAAAGUGGGUGUAAACACAAAUAUUGGGUGGAGGGAGAAUUCUAGAAGGUGAGUUCUGACUUACCUGAAAAGGAAGCCUCGUGGUUUGAGGCUUGUGGCUAAUAUAUAUAUAUAUAUAUAUAUAUAAAAACUGUUUAUUCCUUUAUUAUUAUUAUUAUUAUUAUUUUUAAAUGAAUUUUUUAAGGGCAUAAAAAGGACUAAAAAUGUGGUCGGGGUGCUCUAUAGCUGACUUGGUUUGUCAACAAGCGUUUUCUUCCCCUAAAAAAUGGUUACGAGCCUAUGGAAAUAGGCCAAUUAAUUACACAUUUCUAAAGGAAGUUCUAGGUAUAAAAAAAGAACAGGAAUUGAAGGGGAGGGGAAUUGAAUGAAUGGUGGGCAAAUUUUAUUUCCUUUUUUUAA